AUGUUUCGAACUUGUAUUCUUAUCGCUUUCUACCUCGCAGCUUUAGCGGUCAGUAUAAGAUUUGGCCCCGGAAGCCAAGCCGGAAGCAGUGGAACAGGAGCUGGAGUAAAUACGAUCCAGAACCCACGUUCGUCAACCCGACAGAUCCACGACCAGUGUGUGGGUGUUAAGAUACUCCCGGUGAGAAACAUAAACGCAGCACCGCCAGAGCCAAACAGAGGCGGAGCCAACAGAGCUGCUCAAUCUGCAUCAAACGCCAUAGUCCCAGAGCCAAUAUAUGGACUUCUUGAACCGAACACGGGGGAGCCACCCGUACCUCCAAACACCCCCAUGAAACGCGACCCUGUACCGCCGCCGAAUGGUGUGCCACCCCCUGCCAGCAACGGCAAUCAGCCAGCCGGAAACUCGAAUGCACCACCACAGAUGCCUCGCGCCAAGCUUUUUGGCAACUGUAAAUCCGGUGGCAGGGAUGCACGUCCUACAGAAGUGGUCUUGGACAGUUGUCUCGGUUGGGAUACUGUUAGUGAGACAUUGAUCGCUCUACCGAAUGGACAAGGACUCGCGAGAGGUGGUUGCUGGGGCUGUGAAUAUGUCAGGAUCUCUCAGGACAGGUACCGAAUCGAUUGUUGGUGCGAUAAUGUGGCCCGGCGCCCCUUGGAAUAUGUCGCUCGGGGAUCCCAGCGAAGGGCGGCUAAGAUCUCAUUUAACCAGGAAGGGGUGUUUCAAUUAGUUAAUGGUCAGCUCACCUGCCCUGAACAACGGUCUUAA